GUCAAGCUGGUCAAGCUGCUAGUGGCGGCGGAUUGUUUGGUCUUAUUUUCCUUCGUUUUGCCUUCGUUCGUCUUUCAUUCGAAUUGAGAAAUUUAUGAACUGUGGUCAAAUAAAUGUAUAGAAUGUGCUAACAAUAAAACACAAAAGUAUGAUUUAACUUAGGAAAUCCGUCUACAAAUUUGCAUCUGUUUCAAUAAAUAUAUACAAUAUGGGAUCACACGAAGUGCAAAUUAGUGAUAAAACAGUGCCUGAAUAUAAUUCUGAAGCCAAUUCCAGCAAUAGUGCAACGAAUAGUGUGCGAACUCCUCAACCACAGCAGGUCUUUGAAACAAACGUUUUAUCUACACCGACACAUAUUGCCACAAGCAUUCUAGCGACACCUACACAAAUCGCCGCUCCCUCUAAUUCUCGGAUUUGUGGAGAUGUGGUUCUCACUCCUUCAAACAGUUCCGUUUACACCCCAGUGGGGGUCAAUCCUCACAAUGCUAUGACAGCAUUGACUCCCAUGAUUGGGGGAACAAAACCUACAGAAAACAACAUUAAGUUACAGAAUUGUGUUUCAACAGUGAACUUGGGCUGUGAGUUGAAGCUGCUGGAUAUAUACUGCCGGACACGAUUCUCUGAGUACAACCCGGCCAGGUUCGGAGGAGUUGUGAUGAAGAUACUGGAGCCCAGAGCGACGGCACUUGUCUUUCGAUCGGGGAAGAUAGUCUGCACGGGAACGAGAAACGAGCAUGACUCUUAUGUUGCAGCGAGAAAGUUUGCGAGAAUCAUACAAAAGCUGGGAUUUCCUGCAAAAUUCAUGGACUUCAAGAUCCAGAACUUCAUAGCGACCGCUGACCUCAGGUUCCCCAUUCGGCUGGAGGCCCUCCAGCAGGCCCACGGCCAGUUCAGCUCGUACGAGCCGGAGCUGUUCCCGGGGCUGGUGUACAGGAUGGUCAGGCCGAGGGUGGUGCUUCUCAUAUUUGUUAACGGGAAGAUUGUUUUUACAGGAGGGAAAUCAAGGAACGAUUUACACGAGGCGUUGGAUAUAAUAUACCCAAUAUUGAGGAGUUAUCGAAAGAGUUAAUUUUGGAAUUCUACUUUCUAUGUUUAAACUAUUUUGGUCUAUUUAAUGCGAAUUUUGACUGGUCAAGAUUUUAGGAAUAUCCAAGCUCCAUUGAAAUAUUUCGCUCCAAAAGGCUAAAAGUGAUUUUAGGAAGGAUUUAGUCAAAGGCACUAACUAGUUAGAAUCUUGAUUUUUGAAUAAAUAGGUAAUUUGUUUUAUCAUUAUCAAUAGUUCGAAGAAAAUAUGCAGUUUAAAAAUCAUACUUUUUUUUUAUUUGUGAUUAUUUUGUGAACACAUAAUGACACUCCAUGUUUGACGUUAAUUUAUAUAGAAAAUGAUGAUUUCAUGUUUCGCUAUAGUGUAGGUAUGUUAAGAAAAGGUUAUGGGUAUCCUAGACUGAAUCUACUUGCGACAUUGUUGUACAGAUUAUUUUGUAUGUAUACAUAAAUAUCUUUUAAAUAUCUAAAUAUCUACGGGACAAAUUACUCAGAUUGAGUUAGCCUCGAAGUAAGUUCGAGACUUGUGUUACGAGAUACUAACUCAACGAUACUAUAUUUUAUAAUAAAUACUUAUAUAGAUAAACAUCCGAGACCCAGGCCAAUCAGAAAAAGUUCUUUUCUCAUCAUGUCUUGGCCGGAAUUCGUAUCCCGGGACCUCCGGUGUCAUAGGCAAGCGUACUACCGCUGCGCCACAGAGGCCGUAUUGCAGGUAUAUUGAAUCAAUUUUAUCGCCGAACACAUUCUGUCGGAGUUUGACUCGACCGUAUUCAAUCCGGCUAAUCGUUGACCCGCCGCAAUACAAAACGGCCCUGUUGGGUUGAGGGCUAGUUGUUAAUUACAUCUUUAUCAUAAUACCGCAAUUUAUAGAAUCCUACUGCGACAAAUACAAUCGACCCUUAGCGAAUCAAAAUUCUCGAAAGAAAAACUGCGUAAGAUAGCGUUUUUUUAAAUUUUACCUUACUCUUGUAAUUUUCUUUAUAGUAUCGAAUUUAUGUUUCUAUAACGUAGGUACUUAUCUGAAAUGAUCGAAUUCAUACAAUACAUAUUUACAUUGGGAAUUUAUUAUUUGUGCCAUAAGCACUAUCCAUUGACUAAGCAUACAUACUUGUAUAAUUUUAUUUUGUUUCAAACUCUUAUGUAUAUCUGUGUAUUAUUUUGACAUACCCAAUCAGGAUCAUAAAGGCGUACCCUAUGCUCUGUACAGAGCCGGAUGUAACCGGGUUUAAAGCCAGCCCUCGUUGUAUAGCACGCGCGGCAAUGUUUUUAUCGCGCGAAAAACUAUCGCUGUCCCGUUUUAUAUAUACAUAUAAUCACGUCUAUAUAUUAUCCCUUGCAGUGUAGAAAGAGCUUGAAAAGAUUGAUAGGCCACGUUCAGCUGUUUGUUUGUUUGUUUGUAAUAUCUUUUUUUUUUGUUUGUAAGUCUUUAUUGCAUAGAUAUUUACAGAGUAGGUAACAAGAAAAUAGUAAGUACAUAGGUAGUUAUAAAAGAAACAAAUCACUUGCAAUGGCGGACUUAUCCCAUGAAUCAUGAAUCCCAUCUGUUAAUGUUGAUCUCUUAAUCUUCUUGUUGCUGUUUGGCUUAAUGACAGAAUUGAGAUUCAAAUAGUGUUAGGUUGUCAGCCCAUCGCCUAAAAGAAUCCCAAGUCGCCUUUAACGACAUCCAUGGGAAAGAAAUGGAGUAGUUCUAUUCUUUUUUUAUUAGUGCCGUCGCGUUUCACAUCAUAAUAAAAAGCGAAACAGUGAUAGUUUUUCGAGCGUUAAAAACAUAGCGUGUACCACGCUACGGGUAAUGGCUGUAUGUGGUUAUAAUUAGGUACUUUGCGCCAUUGUCCUAGAAAUAUAGUAGUUAGACUGAUGUUAUUUUUUUUUAUUCUAUGUGUGAGUGAAAGAAAACCAAUUUUUUUUUUUGUACAGUAUAUUUUUUUUAUUGAACUUAUAAAAUGACGUGUUAAAACCUAGUGUAAUACCCAAGUGGAAUAAUUCUAAAAUUUUAUAUGUAUGCAAUGAUACUUAAUUUCAUUUGUUAAAUUAAUAAAUAUACAAGUUGAAACGUGUUUAA